UCUCUUCUGCUACUACUACCUCUCCCUAUAUACUCUCUACUCUUUCUAGUUUCUAUUACUUUUCUUUCUUUCUUUCUUUCUUUCUUUCUCUGUUUUCACUCUCUCUCUUCUUCAUUUCUUCACAUUUUCACACACACAGAGAAGACUGAACAAAGAGGAAAAGAGAGAGCGAUGGAUGUGAGACUCUUGAGUACUCUUUCCUUCUUUUUAUAAUGAACAAAGGACCACAAUCCCUCUUCUUCACUGAAGAAGAUGGCUAUCCAUCAUCAUCACCAACAACACACUUCUUCUCUUUUUGAUGCUCUUUACUGUCAUGAAGAAAAAUGGGAAGACGAUGAUAAUGAUGAUGAAGGAGAAGUUGUUGAUGAAGAAGGAGAACAAAGUUAUGUCACAACAACAAACAAUGAUAUAUUGGACUCUACUUCCCUUUUACCUCUGCUUUUAUUAGAACAGAACUUGUUCAAUAAAGAUGAAGAACUCAACACUCUUUUCUCCAAAGAAAAGAUUCAACAAGAAACUUAUUAUGACGAUCUGAAAAAUGUGAUGAACUUUGACUCACUCACUCAACCUCGUCGUGAAGCUGUUGAAUGGAUGCUUAAAGUCAAUGCUCAUUAUGGUUUCUCUGCUCUCACUGCAACACUUGCUGUUAAUUAUCUUGAUAGGUUUCUUCUAAGCUUCCAUUUUCAAAAGGAGAAGCCAUGGAUGAUUCAGCUUGUUGCUGUUACUUGCAUCUCUUUAGCUGCUAAAGUUGAAGAAACUCAAGUUCCUCUUCUCUUAGACCUUCAAGUGCAAGAUACUAAAUAUGUGUUUGAGGCAAAGACUAUUCAGAGAAUGGAGCUUUUGAUUCUGUCAACACUGAAAUGGAAGAUGCAUCCAGUGACAACACACUCUUUUUUAGAUCACAUUAUAAGAAGGCUUGGAUUGAAAACUAAUCUUCAUUGGGAGUUUCUUAGGCGCUGUGAGAAUCUUCUUCUAUCUGUACUUUUAGAUUCAAGAUUUGUUGGUUGUGUUCCUUCUGUGUUGGCCACUGCUACAAUGUUGCAUGUUAUAGACCAGAUUGAACAGAGUGAUGAUAAUGAUGUGGAUUACAAAAAUCAGCUUCUUAAUGUUCUCAAAAUCAGCAAGGAGAAAGUUGAUGAAUGUUAUAAUGCGAUUCUUCAUCUUACAAAUACAAAUAAUUAUGGUUAUAAUAAACGAAAGUAUGAAGAAAUCCCUGGUAGUCCAAGUGGCGUAAUUGAUGCUGUUUUUAGUUCUGAUGGUUCUAACGAUUCGUGGACAGUGGGAGCAUCAUCAUAUUCAACCUCAGAGCCUGUGUUUAAGAAGACCAAGAAUCAAGGACAAAAUAUGAAUUUGUCACCGAUUAACAGGGUCAUUGUCGGAAUUCUUGCCACUGCAACCUCUCCUUAAAAUCCUCUAUGCAUUAUUUUCUAUGUCCUUUUUAAAAAAAAAAUAACCAUAUAAAAAAUUACCCCCCAAAAAGAUCUAUAUUUAUUUACUAUGGUUAUGUUCAUGUUGCUACUUUAGUAGUCUCUUUCUUUCUAUCUCUUCAUUUCCAACAAUGUCCAGAAUUCAUUUUACAUGAAUCUCUUGAAGAUGAUGAUGAUAGAGGAUAAAAGGAAUGGUUAAUUUCUGAGGAGAGGACAAAGUUGGCAAUGAAGAUUAUUAUUACUACGAGCAAAAAAGAACCCUAUGAUAUCUGUUUCAUUUGAAGGCACUGUUUUUUUAUUUUAUUGAAUGGUUCUCUUCUAGACCAUACCAAAUUUGGACAUAUUUAUAUGAUAUUUCUAUAAUAAAUUGGUAAUAAUUUUUGGUCA